GCAUAUAUAUGGCAAUAUUUCGAAGCCUAAGCGAACACACAAAGUGCCGCUAGGCAAAUAAAGUAACAAUUUGUUUAGAGAUAAAAUAAACAUCAAUCAGUAAAUAUUACUAGCAUUUAUACAAAAUGACUUCUAUAAUAAAGCUUCAUACAAUAUCCGGGGCAAUGGACGAAACGCCACCCUGUUAUAUAUUACAAAUUGACGAAGUGCGGAUACUGCUUGACUGCGGCUGGGACGAAAAAUUCGAUCCCAACCUUAUAAAGGAAUUAAAAAGGCAUGUGCACACCAUCGACGCUGUGCUUCUGUCCCACCCUGAUGUUUAUCACUUGGGUGCUUUGCCUUACCUCGUCGGCAAACUUGGCAUGAAUUGCCCGAUCUAUGCUACAAUCCCUGUUUAUAAAAUGGGGCAAAUGUUUAUGUACGAUUUAUAUAUGUCGCAUUAUAAUAUGUACGAUUUUGAUUUAUUUUCACUUGACGAUGUGGACGCGGCUUUCGAUAAAAUCAUUCAACUUAAAUACAAUCAAACAGUCUCUCUCAAAGGUAAAGGCUAUGGUAUCACUGUAACGCCAUUGCCAGCAGGGCAUACGAUAGGUGGCACUAUUUGGAAAAUCCUCAAAGUGGGUGAAGAAGACAUUGUUUAUGCUACAGAUUUCAAUCAUAAAAAAGAGCGUCAUCUAAAUGGCUGUGAACUGGAGCGCCUCCAACGGCCAUCAUUACUUAUAACAGAUGCUUUUAAUGCACAAUAUCAGCAAGCACGUCGUCGUGCGCGCGACGAAAAACUGAUGACAAAUAUUCUACAAACGGUGCGCAACAAUGGCAAUGUUUUGAUUGCGGUGGAUACAGCAGGUCGUGUGCUGGAGUUGGCGCAUAUGCUUGAUCAACUGUGGAAAAACAAAGAAUCUGGUCUGAUGGCCUAUUCACUGGCUAUGUUGAAUAACGUCAGUUACAAUGUAAUUGAAUUUGCAAAAUCACAAAUUGAAUGGAUGAGCGAUAAGCUGAUGAAGUCAUUUGAGGGUGCACGAAAUAAUCCCUUUCAAUUUCGUCACAUGCAACUGUGCCAUAAUUUAGCUGAGCUGGCAAAGAUGUCCAGUCCAAAGGUUGUGCUGGCCAGCACACCCGAUUUGGAAAGCGGCUUCACGCGUGAAUUAUUCGUGCAAUGGGCGGCAAAUCCUUUAAAUAGUAUAAUAAUCACAUCCAGGACGUCGCAGGGUACAUUAGCAAUGGAUUUGGUUGACAAUGCUUCACCGGGGAGAAAGCUGGAACUAGAUGUACGUCGACGUGUAGAACUGGAGGGUGCUGAAUUGGAAGAAUAUCUGCGCACACAAGGGGAAAAGUUAAACCGUUUGAUUGUUAAGCAGGAUGUAGAAGAAGAAAGCAGCUCGGAUUCGGAUGAUGACAUCGAAAUGAGCGUUAUUACCGGCAAGCAUGACAUCGUUGUCCGGCCGGAGGGCCGUCAUCACAGUGGCUUCUUCAAAUCUAACAAAAAACACUAUGCCAUGUUUCCCUUCCAUGAGGAGAAAAUCAAGUGUGACGAAUAUGGCGAAAUUAUCAAUUUAGAGGAUUACCGCAUCUCGGAAAUGGGUUUUGAAACGACGAUCGAUGAAAACAAUAAGGAAAAUAUCAAAAAAGAAGAACCGAAGGAGAGUAAAACGAAUACAAAUGAUGUUCAGUUGUUGGAGAAACCCACCAAAUGCACCAGUCAGCGGAAAACAAUCGAAAUUAAUGCACAAAUUCAGCGAAUCGAUUUUGAAGGCCGCUCGGAUGGUGAAUCGAUGCUUAAGAUAUUAUCUCAAUUGCGGCCCAGACGUGUCAUUGUAGUACACGGCUCAGAGGAGGCCACCAGUGUUGUUGCCAAUCACUGUCAACAAAAUAUUGGAGCAAGAGUUUUUACGCCACAAAAGGGCGAAACCAUUGAUGCCACAACCGAGUCGCAUAUCUACCAAGUGCGUUUGACGGAGGGUCUAGUGGCUCAGCUACAAUUCCAAAAGGGGAAAGAUGCCGAGGUGGCCUGGGUGGAUGCCCGUAUUGGCAUGCGUACGCAGGCUAUAGAUUCGAGAGCCACGAAUGACGGCGACAUGGUAGUCGAGGUAUCGGAGGAUAAGACUCUUACACUUGAAACGCUCGAAACCGACGACAUACCUGUGCACAAUGCUGUGUUGAUUAACGAACUAAAGCUGUCCGACUUCAAGCAAGUGUUGAUGCGCAACAAUAUCAGUUCGGAGUUUUCUGGUGGUGUAUUAUGGUGUGCAAAUGGCACGCUGGCUCUACGGCGUAUGGAUGCGGGUAAAGUGACUAUGGAGGGUUGCGUAUCAGAGGAGUACUAUAAAGUUAGGGAAUUGCUUUAUGAACAAUAUGCCAUUGUUUAGUUAUUUAGAUUAUAAUUACGUAAAAAAAUAUUACAUUUUGUAUUAAUUUAAUAAAAAA